UAAUCUGUGAAGUGAAUUCUUCGUGGUUACUUUUUGCCUUUUGUUUUGGCCAUAUACAAGGUCCCAUUUCGAGAAUUUGUUUCUUCAACAUUGAAAAUAGUAGUCAUAGCAUCUCAAAUCACCCAAACAUAAUUAUAUAGCUGAAGUUCUCUGCAUUGCAAUAUCAACUUGUCCUCAGACGGUUGUUCGAGGGGGUAACCUAAGCUUUUGUGGUCAUGAAAAUAGUCUUAAAAAUAUAGCAAAUCUGUUAUUGCAGACCCCAAAACAAUUGAGUUGCAUGACCGGAGAGCCACUAACCUCUCACCAGCAAGAUGUACUGCAUGCAUGUAAACAAGGUGGACAUGGCCGAUCAAAUUGCCCUUGCUGCAUGCAUGCCACCGGUAUGAAGCACCUAAUUCAAACCAUGCACCCAUGAUCCGGUCACUCCUACUCGUCUAGUUUCGCAAAAAAGCACCUAAUCCAAACCAUGCAGAGGCUGACCCCAACUACUUGAAAUAUGCAUCUUUGUAUAUAUAAGAAGUGGCACUUCGCCAGCAAGAGAGGCCACAGCGGCUAAGUACUACAGUAGGUCAAUACGACGACAGGUCCAGCCAAGAAUGGCGGCCUCGGCGCCUCACGUCGCGGCGCUCGCCGCCGCCGUCCUCCUCUUCCUCCCUUCUCUGAUGGCGCCUGCCGCGGCGCAGCCGAAGGGCGCCAAGGCGUUCUGCAUCAGCCAGUUCGCCAUCGCCAGCCAGGCUUGCUCCAUCCUGCCGCCGAGUCCCCCGGAUGAGCAUGACCAUCACCACCAUGACGACGACGAUGACGACGACGACGACCAUGAUGACGACGACGACGAAGACCAUGACGACCACGACGAUCACCAUGACCGUGGCCGUCGCGGCCACCGCGCGGCGGCGAUCAGCAUCUCGGGCCUGAUGGCGGCGACCAAUGACAGCCAUGGCGUCGUGGGGAACCGCACCGUCGGCCACCACGGCAACCGAACCCGCGGCGGGCACGGGCGUGGGCGCGGUCGUGGGCGUGGCAGGCGUGGCCGUCUGAGGGACGACAAUGGCGACGACGACCACCACGACACCGAUGACCCUGACCACGACGACGAUCAUCAUGACGACGACGACCAUCACGACACCGACGACCCGGACCACGACGACGACCACGAAGACGACCAUGAUGAUGAUGACGACGAUGACGAUGACGAUGACGACGACGACGAGCACCACGACGAGGAGCUCCGGGCGUACCGCGACUGCUGCCGGUGGCUGAAGGAGGUGCAAAAGGACUGCGUCUGCGAGGCGCUGCUGCGGCUGCCGCCAUUCCUCGUCAAGCCGCAGCAUACGUACGUCGUCAGGGUCGGCAGGACGUGCCGGAUCAUCUACCGCUGCGGCGGCGUCUAGACGCCAUGUCGCCGGCCGUACGCCUGCAUGCACGCAGCUGCU